CUCGUGUGUGGCUGAGAAACGACACGCUAACCACUUGCCUCAAUUUUGGCCCUUGGAUAUAGUCAAGUUCCGCAGUUAUUACUAGUCAGUUGCAGCCGAUCUUCAUCAGUGAAUAUAAUGCGUCGCGUGCCAAUACUUCAAUCAAAGAAUCGAUCGGGAUGGCUGUUAAUCACGCUGAUCGUCGCUAUCAUCAUUAUUGAUCCGAGUGGCGCGGUUUCGGUCAAGAAAAUGCUGAACGGAGAUUAUAACCGACCGCUGCUUUACGGCCUGUUGUUAAGAUAUCCUGUUAUCAAAGCAGAAGCGGGAUUAAUUGCCAUGGGCAGCCACCCAGUGUCGGCCGUAAGUUUGGGUCCCAACUUCCGCGCUAGGCCAAGUCUGUGUCGUGGCAAGCGGCUCGAUACCCUGGGAUCAUUCAGUCCCGAUAAUUACAUAACGGCCGAUCAGUGCAUGAAGAGUGGAGGGGAUUGCUGCAACUUCAGCCCAGAAUGGGGCUUCGCCAACAACGAUCCGAGUUACAUGGGACCGUUGGACAGAUGCCACGGUUGCUACGAUACCAGAAUCACAGUUCAAUGCACGGGUAAUGUUUUGCGAAGUCGUGAGCGACAUGACGAAGAAGAAAGUAACGUUGUCGACUUGAACGACGUAACGGCUUCAAAAUGCAUCCAGUCAGGUGGGCGAUGCUGCGACCAGCGCAUGAUUCCCGAAUUGUUUGGCAAUGGCCCUGGGGUCUUUGAUCCGCAUCAAUUCCCGCGGGAGGAGCACUGCUCCAACUGUUUCUCCGGUUCAAUGUACAGAUUGGAAUGCACAGGAAAGCUAUUACAGUCGGAUUCGUACACGGGCGACAUUUGCAGUCAAUUCGACGGGAAAUGUUGCCAAGACAUUUACGGAGCAUUCGAUCCGGUCCGGUAUCCCAACAGAGAUUGCUCCACCUGUUUCUCUGGCUCAAUUCAGGAAGAGUAAUUAAUCGCCACUAUAACCCAGUUAUUUUCCUGUUUGUUUUUUGCUGUUAAAAAAAAUGUAUCUACCAAAAGUUAACUCGAUUGAAUGUUGCAGCUAUAAAUUGCUGUGCAUGUUUAUAUGCUGCUGCCAUACAGUCUGAAAUUGUGUUGUUGUCGUUACCGUGAAUCCAUAAACAUAAAUGCUAAUAAUA